UGACGGAUGACGAUGACGUCUGUCAAAUUUUCGCAUUUAAAAUUAAUUUUUUUAACUAUGUUUUGAGCCCUUAUUUUUCAUUUAUAUAUACUGAGUAUUUUACAUCGGUUCUGAAAAAUUAAUGUGAAAUUUUCUCAGAAAUUCAUGAUCUACUUUUUUAGAAUCAAUUAAAAACUGGAUUUAAAGUUUGAUUCGUAAUUCGGCAAAGGAGAUAAUAAAUAAGUAUGGAAGUUAAACAUACAUUGGAAUUUACUCCAGAUCUUCAUAAAAAGUAUUUAUUAUUUGUAUUGAAUGGCAAAUUACCAAAUAUAAGCUCUAUGGAAACCAACAGAUCAGUUUUAAUGUACUUUGCAUUAUCGGGCCUUGAUUUACUUAAUCAACUGGACAGUUUAACCGAACAAAGGAAACAGUAUAUUAUUGAUUGGAUUUACUCGCUACAAGUAGUUAAUGAAAAAGAAUUAGUUAGCGGUUUCCAGGGAUCUACAACAUUAAUUACCAAAGAAAACCAGGGAAAAAAUUCCCCUUAUAAAUGGGCACACAUCGCGAAUACUUAUUCAUGUCUUAACUCCUUAAUUAUUUUAGGCGACAAUCUAAGUAGAGUCAAUAGAAAAGCAAUACUCAACAGUCUAAGGGCGCUACAACUGCCAAACGGGUCAUUUAAAGGGGCAAAAGAUGGGGUAGAGGACGACAUGCGGUUUGUGUUUUGUGCUGCAUGUAUUUGUUAUAUAUUAGAUGAUUGGAGUGCAAUUGAUGUGGAAUUAAUGGUCAAUUUUAUUUUAAAAAGUAUAUCAUAUGAUGGGGGUAUAGGGCAGGGCCCCGAAUUGGAGUCCCACUGCGGCUCAACAUUCUGCGCCAUAGCAUGCCUCGCUCUUAGUAAAAACCUGCACAGACUUACAAAAGCACAAUUCCAUGCUUUACGAAGGUGGCUUCUGCUACGAUUCGAUUAUGGAUUCAACGGAAGGCCUAACAAACCCGUAGACACGUGCUAUUCUUUCUGGACCGGCGGAGCACUAAAAAUUCUAGACGCAUAUCAGUUUAUACAUGACAAUAAAAACAACCCACUGUAUGUUCUAAUGACUCAGGAUAAAUAUGGAGGUUUCUCCAAAUGGGUUAAUACUGUACCAGAUCCUAUGCACACAUAUUUCGGUCUGGCAGGACUGAGUUUGAUGAAUUUUGGUGGAUUGAAUAAAAUGUUUUGUGAGUUGAAUGUUAGCAGGAGGGCACAUGAACAUUUAAAACGUGUUCAAGAAAAAUGGAAGUAGUAUUAUUUCAAGAACGGUGUAUAAGUGUUAAGAAUUCUUCAUUUUGUAUAUUUGUAUGUUGUUUUUUAAUAAUUUUAACAAUAAUAACACAAGUUUCCAAUAUG